CCUGGCCGCACCAUGUGGACUGUAGGACCGGUACCGACUCGCGGAAUUCUGGGUCAUUGCAUUUUGGAUGCCUUCCGUAUACGUCAAGCGUGUUAAGAGAACUCUUAAGCUUCGGCCCUUGCCACGUCAGACUUCCCCAUGUGCAACAACUUAACACUCUGACCUCGAAUCGGCAAAAAGCGAAGCGAACAACAACCGCAACCAUCACAACAGCCGUGUGACCAUGCGGCAAGCUUGCUCUCUGAAACUGGAUACUGUGACGGUUGAUCUGGGCUGCACGACCUAAUUGAUCUAUUAAGACGCAUCCUAGUCUUCUUGAUGGCGCCACAGUCAAUCGCCCAGCUCUUCCCUCGCCAUCGCCGGGGACCAAGUCGGCCCCUAAUCUUGCUCAUCGCCGGCCUAGCAUUCCUGACACUGUGUCUCUUCGCCUCCCACUUGCCGGUCUUGCGACACUUCACCAGCGUGCGGCCGUUCGGCGCUUCGACCGACAGAAGCCGGAUGACGUCUGCGGGCCCAGGUGCUGCUACAUCGCCCCACCAACACCACCAAGGUCCCUCAGAAGCCCAGGUCCUGCUCGAUCUGAUCGAGCGGGAAAAGGCCAAAAAGUUCGGCGAGCUCGCGAUGGAAUACGGCACAAACAAGCAUCCGUCCUUCAGGGAUGACCCGCCGCUGCUCAUCGCGGAUCUUCCCCGAGAGCACGUCCCGUCUCACCCACCGCCGUCGCUGGGAGACGGAGAGGACAGGACGAAUGGAAAGAGGUUGGUCAUCGUUGGCGACGUGCAUGGGCACCGUGCGGCGCUCGAGGCCCUUCUGCGCAAGAUUGGGUUUGACCACAGAAACGGGGACCACCUUAUCCUCGCUGGUGACAUGGUCACCAAGGGACCCGAUAGCAAGGGCGUGGUCGAGCUGGCCAUGGAGAUCGGAGCGAGUGCUGUGAGGGGCAACCAGGACGACAAGGUGCUAGCGACCGCCCGGGAGAUUGGCCGGUUCUCGGUCGAUGGCGAGUCGACGCCGGGGCCGGCGACCGAAGAGGAUGAUGAACAAGACGAAGUGGGCGGGAAAGAGGGAGCGGAUGGCAAGGCAGAGACCAAGACCCGGCGCAAGGCCAACGCUCGCCGAGUCGCCCGUUCCCUAACCCGCUCCCAGCUCGCCUGGAUCCGGUCACUCCCGCUGAUCCUCCGCGUCGGGAACAUUCCGGGCGCGACCUCACCCCCAUGGAACGCCAGCACGCUAGUCGUGAUCCACGGCGGUCUGGUUCCCGGCCUGCCACCAGAGAAGCAGGACCCCUGGGCGGUGAUGAACAUGCGGAGUCUAAUAUACCCGCGCGUGGGCAAGGGGAAGAAAAACAAGGACAAAGACGGGAGACGCCAUGCUCGUGAUGAACCAGAAUCGGAAAUCGACGAGACGGAAACCGACAUGGACGAGACUGAUCCCGCCAGCGUUCGGGCCGCGGUCGCCAUCCCCACCGACCGCCAUGGCGGCGAGCCAUGGAGCCACGCCUGGAACCGCUAUCAGAACAACCUGCCCCCCACAGCCCCUCGCACCGUAGCCGUCUACGGCCACGACGCCAAAGCAGGACUGCAAGUUGACCCUGUAGUCGACAUCUCCCCCUACUCCGGUUCCCCGUCAUCAUCCAAGAAGAAGAAGAAGAAGAAGAACAAGAAGAACAAACAUAAGGACAAGAACGGGAAAGACCACGUAAACGAUGCGGCCGAAGACGAGGACAAAGCGGAAGACCAGGGUGCGAAGAAAGGCAUCCGGUACGCCUUCGGUCUCGACUCGGGGUGCGGCCACGGCAGGCAGCUUACCGCGUUGGUUAUUGAAUCCGGGGCCGAUGGAAUAAAACACAGGAUUGAACAAGUAGAUUGCGCAGAUGUUGUUUAGGCGGAGGGGUUUUCAGGGAAAACGAUUCAAAACAAAAAACAAAUAGAGACCAGAAAAGACGAGGGGGGCCCCGUCGCGUAUGUUGCAGGGCUAGGCAUGGUCGACAGCGCGGCGGUGAUGUGAGU